AUGAGGCCACACAUUGCCAAAGAUUUCAAGAAGCACUGCUGUGAAUGUGGGGAACGAAUGUGGAAUGGAGAGUUCGAGCAAGAUCAUGAGCCGAAUUGCAAGGACUGCAACGGUGUGCGUCGCGUUGAGAUGGAGAACGCCGUCAAAAACUUCAUCAUUUCGCACACUCGCGACAAGGAUAGUCCACAGCAGCCCUGCUCGUUGGCAGCAUUUACCGCUGUCAUGUCUGCACUUCAGCUUAUCAAGCCUAAGACGGAGGAUGCUGCAACUGCUGAAGCCCAGCCCGAGUGA